AUGUCUUCCUGGGCAGCACAACUCGGCCAAAAGAUCGCCAGCCCCGAGUUCAGGCAAUACCUCAUGAGGCAGCAACAUCACUUCUGGGGUCCCGUCGCUAACUGGGGUCUUCCUUUGGCCGCCAUUGCCGAUAUCAAGAAGGAUCCCGAGAUGAUCUCUGGAAACAUGACUGGUGCCUUGACGGUAUACUCGCUCUUGUUUAUGCGUUUCGCCUGGAUGGUCCAGCCCCGUAACUACCUCCUCUUCGCCUGCCAUGCCACCAACGAGACCGCCCAGCUCAUCCAGGGAUACCGCUUCAUCAACUACCACCACUUUGGCGGUAAGAGCAGUGUUGCACAGGAUGGCCUCAAGGUACCAUUGGAGGCCAAGGCCUAA